UCAGUGUGUGUCUGUGUGUGUGGAGCGGAGAUCGCUCAGAGUGCAGCGGGGGACGGUGGCUGUCCGGUCCGGUGUUUACUGUCGGCGGGUUAAAGUGUGAGCGGAGGUCCGGGUCUUCAGCUGGAAAUUCAGCGGCAUUUGGAGCACAAGUGAAGCGGGUUUGAGGAGCGAGAGGCCCGGCUGGCUGCUGCGCGGCGCUGCGGGGGAUGUGCGCACACAAUGGGAGACGGUCCGGGACUCGAACAGCGUCUCCCCGCCCGGUUUGGUUUGUAAAGACACCGGAGCUGGAGCCGGGACUCAGCGCGGAGUGAGGACCUCCUCUGACCGGGCAGGACGCCUAAGACACCGGGAGGAGCUCAGCUGCGAGCCCCGUGGGAGCCGCGGAGGACGCGCCUGUGUGUCGUGAAUCCGGCUGGGAUGAACCCCGAGUGUCUCCUGCGUUCCAAACCGCUGUUUACACAUCUGGAUGAAGAGGAAAGCCUGGGUUUGGAGCUGGUUUAUGGAGUUAAUGCAUGUUAGUUUACUGGAUUUACCCGCAGACCCAUCAGCAGCCUGCAGAGGUUAGUGCUCAGAGGAUAAAACUAAAGGAGCAGUUCACAGUUUCUCUUUGAACCCGAAUAUUUUAAAGUAAAGGAGCAGUUCACAGUUUCUCACAUGAGCUUUGAAGGAGGCGAUGUACCUGCUGGACAGUAGCAGCUCUGAGAGGAUGGAGAGAGGAGCUCCUCAGAGAAAGACUGUGUACCGGAUCUCCCUCACGCUGGUGAAGAGGGAGAGCUUAGAGGACGAGGGCUCGGUGCCCCGGCGGGCAGAGAACCCAAAGGUGGGCGCCUUCAGGCGUGAGGGGUCGGCAGAGGUGCAGCGGGGAGGUCUGCUGGAGCAGCUGAAGGAGGUGGAGGACGAGUCGGAGGAUUUCUCUUCUUCCCACGGCUACAUGCGGAACUUUAGGACGUUCAGCACGGGCCAGCUGGAGCUUGGCAGGCUGAAGAUCUGCCGGAAGCAGCUGCUGCAGCGGGGCGCCAAGGCCACCAGUCCGCUGGCGGAGCCCGGGCAGGAGGACGGCGGCAAGCGGGAGGUGGAGGAAGCACCACAGGCACUGGUGGAGAACGGUGGUGUUGGCGAGAAGAAGAAGAAGCUCCUGAAGGCGAAGAGCGUGGAGGAGCAGAGCUUGGAGCCCGUGAGCAGCGUCGGGAAGCUGGCCCACUCUAAAAGUAACGGGGCGCCGUCCACAGAAGGCCCCCCGGAGACUCCACCUCCUCUGAAGCGCCCACCCGGUCUGCUGCGCCGCAGCUUCAGCUUCAGGCACUGGAGCGGUGGCGAGCUGCUGCGCCUGCGGGCGCUCUCCAAAGACAAACACCACAGCAGCUCCGGCUGCAUUGGCCAGGACGCCGCAAAGAAUGACGAGCCGGCUGCGCCGCUCCCCACAGCCCGCCUCCUCGACCCCACCAGAGAGAAGAGCAGGACACUGGAGGUCGGCGCCGUCCUCAACAAGACGGACUCCAUGUCCGAGCUGAGCCGCUGGGAGAGGGCGCAAGGCAGCAAGAACCGCACACUGGACAACAGCGACCUGCUGCGGCUGGCGGAAGAGAAGGACGCUGCCGGGGCAGCAGGUGGAGGCUUCCUGCUGCGGGGAGGUGGGGGACGCUCCAGCGAGCGGCGCCUGGUUCGCUUCUUCAGCGGGAUCUUCUCCAGGAGGGACGGUGCUUCCACGUCCACGCCGGUGGGGAGCCCUAGCACCAACAGGUCGCUGCGCCGCAGCCGGAGGACGGUGCUGUCGCAGUCCAGCACGGAGAGCAUGAACGGAGGCAGCGCUGACGAUGCGUUUGUAAACAGUCAGGAGUGGACGCUGAGUCGGACGGUGCCCGAGCUCAAAGUGGGCAUUGUGGGUAAUCUGGCCAGUGGUAAGUCAGCGCUGGUCCACAGAUACCUGACGGGAACGUAUGUCCAGGAGGAGUCACCAGAGGCUGACGUGGAUGCAGGCGGGCGCUUUAAGAAGGAGAUUGUAGUGGACGGUCAGAGUCACCUGCUGCUCAUCAGAGAUGAAGGAGGCCCCCCGGAAGCACAGUUUGCGUUAUGGGUGGACGCAGUCAUCUUUGUCUUCAGUCUGGAGGACGAGAUCAGCUUUCAGACUGUUUAUCACUACUUCAGCCGCCUCGCCAACUACAGGAACACCGCUGACCUGCCGCUGGUGCUUGUCGGCACACAAGACGCCAUCAGCUCGACCAACCCGAGGGUGAUCGACGAUACCCGGGCCAGGAAGCUCUCCAACGACCUCAAACGAUGCACCUACUAUGAAACCUGCGCCACCUACGGCCUCAACGUGGAGCGAGUCUUCCAGGAUGUUGCCCAGAAGAUCGUGGCCACCAGGAAGAAACAGCAGUUGUCCAUCGGGCCUUGCAAGUCACUCCCCAACUCCCCGAGUCACUCGUCUGUCUGCGCCACACAAGUGUCAGCCGUCCACAUCAGCCAGACGAGUAAUGGUGGCGGCAGUUUGAGCGACUACUCGUCAUCUGUGCCGUCAACACCGAGCACCAGCCAGAAGGAGCUCCGUAUCGACGUCCCGCAGACCACCAACACGCCAACACCCGUCCGCAAGCAGUCUAAACGCCGCUCCAACCUCUUCACCUCGAGAAAGGCGAACGAGGCGGACAAGGACAAGAAGGGCCUGGAGGCUCGAGCCGACAGCAUCGGCAGCGGGCGAGCCAUCCCCAUCAAACAGGGCAUGCUGCUGAAGAGGAGCGGUAAAUCCCUCAACAAGGAGUGGAAGAAGAAGUACGUGACGCUGUGUGACAACGGUCUGCUCACCUAUCACCCGAGCCUACACGACUACAUGCAGAACGUCCACGGGAAGGAAAUCGACCUGCUCAGGACCACGGUGAAGGUUCCGGGGAAGAGGCCACCGCGCGCCGUGUCCACCUGCGCCGCCAUGCCGAGCCCCAAAACCAACGGCCUGACGAAGGACAUGAGCAGCCUGCAGCUCGGACAAACUUCAGGCUCGGUGACUAGCAGCUCGUCGGUGUCACAGAUGGCGAGCGGCGUCAGCUUGGUGUCCUUCAACAGCCGCGGCACGGAGGGGAUGCACCAGCGCUCGUACUCCGUCUCCAGCGCCGAUCAGUGGACCGAGGCCACCGUCAUCGCCAACUCUGGAGUCAGCACAGACACAGGCCUGGGAGACUCCGUCUGCUCCAGUCCCAGCAUCUCCAGCACCACCAGUCCAAAGAUGGAGCCGCCGCCAUCGCCGCACGCCAACCGCAAGAAGCACCGGCGGAAGAAGAGCACCAGUAACUUCAAAGCCGACGGCCUCUCUGCCAAACGUAAAGCUUGGAAACUAAAUCGCGUCUCUAGCCUUCGCAGCAUUUACACCAACAGUCUGCAGAACUCAGAAGAACAAGAGGAGAACUUUGAGUUCACCAUCGUGUCGCUGACGGGGCAGACGUGGCACUUUGAAGCCACUUCCUACGAGGAGCGAGAUGCCUGGGUUCAGGUCAUCGAGAGCCAGAUCCUGGCGAGUCUGCAGUCGUGCGAGAGCAGCAAGAACAAGUCUCGUCUGACAAGCCAGACAGAGGCGAUGGCUCUGCAGUCGAUCCGAAGCAUUCGAGGGAACGGUCGCUGUGCCGACUGCGACACACCGAACCCGGACUGGGCAAGUCUGAAUCUUGGGGCCCUGAUCUGCAUUGAGUGCUCGGGAAUCCACAGGAACCUGGGCACUCACCUGUCCAGGGUUCGCUCUCUAGACCUGGAUGAGUGGCCGCUGGAGCUCAUCAAGGUGAUGUCGGCCAUUGGCAACGAGCUGGCCAACAGCGUGUGGGAGGCCAACGCUCAGGGACGCCUUAAACCUGGACCGGACGCCAGCAGGGAGGAGCGUGAGCGCUGGAUCCGGGCAAAGUACGAGCAGCGUCUCUUUCUGGCGUCGCUGCCCUGCACUGAUCUCCCACUGGGCCAGCAGCUGCUGAGGGCAACCGCCGAGGAGGAUCUACGUGCAGUCGUGCUCCUGCUUGCUCACGGGUCCCGACAGCAGGUCAACGAGACCUGCGGAGAAGGAGAUGGACGCAACGCGCUGCACCUGGCCAGCCACAAGGGCAACGUGGUCAUCACACAGCUCCUUAUCUGGUACGGUGUGGACUUGAUGGCAAGGGACGCCCAUGGCAACAGUGCAAUGGCAUAUGCUCGCCAGGCCAGCUGUCAGGAGUGUGUGGACACGCUGGCUCAGUAUGGCUGCCCAGAUGAACGCAACCCCCUAAUGGCCACACCCAACCUUUCACGCCGCAACACCAAUCGUAACAACAGCUGCAGCAGCGCCGGCAGUGCCGCGCUCAUAUGACCAGACAGUUUCCUGUGAUGACUCUGAGAAAAAUAAACAAACUUCGAUUUGGGAGUA